AUGCUAUUUCAUUGGUCUCACAUCCAAAUUUUGUUCCGAAAAACUAAUUCAUUCAUACCCCCUCCUCCCCUCCCUCUCUUAUAUUUUUUCAGAGUCACAACAAACAUAACGGAAAACAAACGCAUUUGGAUUGAUGGUGGAACUCAUGCCCGUGAAUGGAUAUCCCCAGCCACUGUCACCUUCAUAAUGAAUCGCCUAAUGUCAAAGUGGACAACUCAGCCGGAUUAUAUAAAAAAUAUAACAUGGUACUUUAUGCCAAUGGUUAAUCCUGAUGGUUAUGUUUAUAGUCGUCGCAAAGAUCGUCUAUGGCGUAAGAAUCGUUCGUACACUAAAAAUCCCCGGUGUCGUGGUGUCGAUAUUAAUCGUAAUUUCAAUGUUGGCUGGAAUACAGUGGGUGCUUCGCGAAAUCCCUGCCACUAUACGUAUCAAGGACCGCGGCCACAUUCGGAAAAUGAAACGAGAGCAAUUGCAAAAUUUCUAAAAAGUAUACAACCAAAAUUGGAGGCUUUGUUAACGUAUCACAGCUAUGGCCAGGCAUUUGUAUAUCCCUAUGCAUAUCGUCCAUUGAAAUCGAAACACUAUAAGACAUUGGAGCGGGUGGGUCAUCAGGCGGCUGAUAUUAUUAGGAAUACAACGGGGCAAGAAUAUAAAGUAGGUGUUACCUAUAAGACAUUGCCACCGUCUGGAGGCGGUACAGAUGAUUGGGCCGCUGGCAAAUUGGAUACUAAAUAUGUUUACACAGUGGAAUUGAGAGAUCGUGGUCGUUUUGGAUUUGUACUGCCACCCAGACAAAUUGCUGCUACCGCUCUGGAAGGUUAUACACUGGCCUUGGAGGUGGCCAAAGAUAUUGUCAAGUAGCGUGGCAAAUGAUUUGCUAUUUUUUUUUUUUUUGUCGAAUUUAUGAGCAUUUAUCUGAAGGGAACUUAUUUUAGGUUUUACUUAUUUAUGCACAUUUUGAAUGUACUUAUUUAUUUACUUAUUUAUGAAUUUAUUUAUUUUUCUAGCUAUUUAUUUAUUAAACUAAUUAUUUCUUGAUCUAUUUAUUUAUUUAUUAGUUUAUUUAUAUAUUGCCUAUUUAUUUAUUGAAUUAUUUAAGAAGGCUUUUUUGCAGGGACUAAAAGUACGAAACAUAAAAUGUGACUAUGAUUAAAUCAUAAAAAACCAUAUUAAAAUAC